GUAAAACUAAAGAAACAAGAAGCACAUGACCAAGCGAUUGUGUAUCUUGUUGAUGGUCGAUCAUCGGAGACGUUACAUAAAAUGUCAUUUCUGAUGAAGACAUGUUUCUGCUUAGCAUUUUGCUUGGUAUUAGUGAGCAGCCAAGCCCCUGUAUCUUCAAGAGAUGCUGAUCCCAAGGAUAUCAAGAAUGUACAUCUGAUAUUCAUGAACCAUUUAGAUGUUGGUUUCAAUGGCAUCAGCCCAACACUUGGCUUCAUCAACAAUGUUCUCAACAAAUACUUCACCGUCUACUUCCCCCGUGCUAUCACUGUGGGCUUGCAGCUCAAUAUCCUGGGGUACGGGGAGAAACUGGUGUAUAUGACCCACCCCUGGCUGGUCAGCAUGUACCUGGACUGUCCCCCAAACCUGGUGCUGGCUGGUGGAAUACACUUACAGGUGCUGUAUAUCCUGGGGUACGCGGAGAAACUGGUGUAUAUGACCCACCCCUGGCUGGUCAGCAUGUACGUGGACUGUCCCCAAACCUGGUGCUGGCUGGUGGAAUACACUUACAGGUAG